UUUUUGGAUAAACGAGGUUUCGGCGAUAAGCGGGGAUACGGCGACAAACGCGGCUACGGCGAUAAGCGAGGCUUUGGUGAUAAACGUGGUUUUGGUGAUAAGCGCGGCUUCGCAGACAAACGUGGGUUCGGAGACAAACGCUCAUCAGCUUCCAGCCUC